AUGCAACGUACAAAAGAGCGAGAAUUACUCAUUGAAAAGGAAAACGCAUUGCUGAACUGCAAGCUGGAAACAUCAAUGUCACAGAACGGCGCCGAAUCGGUAAUGUCGCGUCCAUUGUUAAAUAGAAACCGAGAGCAGAGCAUUCAUUCAAUCUAUCCAACCGAAGAACUAGAAAUAAUGAAAAGGAUUUCGUUGAAUGAUUCCCAGAAUCAAAGUCACGACUCAUUGCAUAAUGAUGGUACCCCAGACAAAUCAUGUAAUGAGAAAUUGCGUGCUCGAUUUGCUGCUCUUGCUGCUGAUGUCGAAAAUUUCGAAUGUGAUAUGAAACCUAUGCGCACCAAGGAAUCAUUUUUCAAGGGGCCAUCACCACGUUUAAGUGGUGGUGAUAUGUCUCCAACAGUACUAUUUACACCCACCAUCAGUUAUUAUCCACCAGCUUCGGUCAGCAAACUUUCCACUGGUUCCUUGCCUCGUAUUGAUGAAGGGAAAGCAGUGUGCACUCUUGAUGAUGAGACGAUAGCAUAUGCCGAUGAAUCGUCAGACAAAACAGAUGAGCAGGAGAAGACUGCCACAGCGGUAAUUGUUUACAAAUCACCAGAAUCGCUAAAAUCAAGUAACUUGCUGCGUAAUGCAAGCGAAAAACGUUUGCGAUUUGCGAUACCUGUGUGUGAGUUGGUCGAUACUGAUUCCUUACUCGAAAAUUGUUCAUCACCUUGCGAUUCUUUAACCGAAAGAUGUUUUACUAAAGUGCAAUCAAAAAAAGAUGCGACGAUGGACAAAAAAUCGUCAGAAUCUGAUGCUAACAAUUGUUCUGAAAAUGAAGAAUAUGGAAUUCACAAGUUUUUUAGACGCAAAACGCAAGAACUACCGAAAUUUCCAAAAAACACUGGUAAUAGUUGCAACAAACAAGAUAGCAGCGAGUCGGAGUUGAAUCAAGGAACUUUUUCCGUAAAUAGUCACAAAGACAUUAUUGAUGAAAUCACAGCAGCUGCAAAGAACGCCACUGCGAUAUCUUCAACUGAUGCCGAUAAGCUAACCCACGCAAAGCAAAUAGCAAAACAACUCGAUGAAAGAAUCCGCGAGGAAAAAGUGAAAACGAAGGUUGCUUCCAAAAUUGCUGUUACGCUUUCGAAAUUCGAACAUCAUUAUUCGGAGUCGAGAAAAGGAUCUGAUUGUGCUCAAAUUGACACUCGUUCGGCAAGCGUAAAAAGUUUGCGCGAUAGAUGGGAGGUGUCUUCUGCUACUGGUACUCCUCUACAUCCAGAUCAGAAGGAAGAUGAACUUUUACAGGCAGCUGUACGGAUGGCAAAAUCAUUGAAACAAGCAAAAAUACGACCACAGUCAUACUGUGAAACAAAAAAUUCAGUUCAAAUUUCUGAUUUUCGACCAAUAUCGGCAGCUUGCUCUACUUCUUCCAUUCAGCCCACCGAAAGUACGCUUCAACGAUUUGCAUAUAGUAAGGAACAAGACAUUAUUCAAGAAGAAAUAAGCAAAACACAUAUUUCCGGCAAAAAUAACAAUGAGCCUAAUCAGCUUAUUGAUGAUGCUUUCCAGUUCAUUCAUCGAACACCGGACAGAAAUUCUUCUCUUAUGUCAGCUAUCCUCAGUACACCCGAAAUUCGAACUAGUUUAUCUUCUCCAACUACGAUAUCGACUGAUCGUGAGAAUGGUGAGGCAAUGGCUCCUCUGGCACAUUCAGUUUCUUUUUACCGAAAGAAAGAGAAAGAAAAUCGAUCCGGAAGUGAGACAGUAAUACUUGGGCAAUUUACUCCGUCACCGUUUAAUAGUACCAUCUCUCUCAGUCGUGCUAUGUCGAAGGCAAAUAUAAAUGAUAGAGCGAAUUUUGAAGUUGAGCGAGCACGUUUAGAAAAAGCAAUCAGUGUGCAGCAGGAACAAAUUGUCCAAGCAUCACGGGCACUGUCAUUUUGCCACAGUACGCAAGAAUUCAGGGGAAGUCGUGAAGAGGUUGAUGCACAGCGAGCACUUCUUAUAGCGACGGAACGGAGACGUGCUUUAAUUUUUGUACUUGAUCGAUUAAUUCAGAAACAUGCGACGGGAGGUAUCCAGCAUUCUGUUUCUGAUGGACCAAAAGGAAGUUUAACAUUUUCGGAUAUUUCAGUGAAACUUAUGCGUGAUUUUAUCAACGGACAUAUCAACUAUCAUGAUGAUCAACUACUGUUCUACUUUAUUAUACUAAUACGAAAUGAAGAAAUAGUUCAUCAUACAACUUUGACGACCAGCGAUGAAGGCAUUUGUUCUGGAAGACUUGAAUUUCCGCAUUACAUCCAGUUUCGAUCACUUCCUCACGAUUUUAGCUGUACAUUGGAAAUUUUCGCUCUCAGAACGCGACGAGAGCUGCUUCGUCAUGAAACUAAAUAUCAUAUUAAGGGUGCUAAUUCAUUGAAGAAAUCACAAAAAACGAUGCUUUCACCAGGACUAGUCUCACUUGGUGGACCAUCAGCGGUAAUAGACCCAUCAUUCCAGCGUGUUGGACAUUUAUCGCUUAAUAUAAGCAGUGUGGGCAAAACUAGAUUCCAUCUCUCUGAUACUCUUUAUCCACUUGAUGGAGUUGUCGAAAUGAAAGUUCGCUGUUAUGCAGAAGAUUGUGGCAAUGUUGGCUAUAAAGGCUUUUUGAGUUUAUAUCAGCCAGUUGAAAACAUUGCUUCUUGGGCUCGGUUCUGGUGUGUACUUUGGGAUGGUCAACUACAAUUUUGGCGAUAUCCCGAAGAUGAAAGCACAAAAAUACCAGUAGUAACUAUUGACUUGAGAACAUGCGCAUGCAACGAAAUCAAACCUAUUCCUGUGGAACGAUAUCCAUAUCCGAACUCAAUGCAAAUCGAUGUCUGGCUACCUGGCAAAUGUUCGCAAAAACCAGAUAGAAUAAGGAUUCUAAUGGCAGCAGAUAGAAAAGAUGAAAUGAAUUUGUGGCUGAAUGCGAUGAAUAUUUCACUUCGAAAUUUAACACUUUGGUCUUGCCGUUCGUAA